GAAAGGGGGAAACAUGUGUUUGCGGUAUUCUUACAUUCACGAUUAUUUACACAUCGUCGCAUUCCUGUGCUGACGAGAAUUGGAAUGAUGAGAAGCCCGAAUGCGUGUAACACUUGACUGCGAUAAUCAGAAGUUGAGGCUGGCAUACUUAUAAAAAAAGCGAGAGUUAACCUUCCUCAAAGACACCUUAGUUUCGCUGGACACCUUAAAGGACUAAAGGUUGUAUCAUCUCCGUACCAGUCUCAGUCUCCGUUAUCGUUAACGUUUCCGACUUUACAAAAUGCCGGGAGUUGUCUUCCUAAUCGUUGUGCCGACAGCGAAUUUUGAACGGGAGUUGAUCUACGGCACAUCGAACAAUGCCAUAAGUGAGACAGAAGCUACGCACGAAGCUGGUGGUCAUGGAGUUAAAGCUAAGUCUGCAAUGGGCGGCGGCAAUAAUAAUCUGAACAUCAAUCUUCCGGAAAAUAACAACGCAAUACUACGACUUGAAGUUGAAUUACGUGACAAGAAUGUGCCCAAGUAUCGACGCGGCGUGGGCGGAGGUCCUGGCCGUGGUGCUGGACAAGGACGCGGUGCAGCAGCAGCGCCAGCUGCCGCUGCCAAGAGAGCAAUACCAGGAGCAGGCCAAGGAGCUGGAGCAGGUGGUGGAGGUGCUGGAGCGGCUGCCACGUUGGCUGUGCCACUGGACCGUCGUAAUUUAGUGGUGCCGCUUGAAAAGGUACUUGAGGAGUUGCUUGUCAAGCUUGAAAUUGAGCACGUUACUUGGACAACAAGCAAAAAAGGAUAUUUUCAUCACGUCGUUUUCCCGCUGCAAGCCGGCGAUGCCUGCGAGACAACACUGCACUGUCUCACGGAGCUGGGCAUUGGCACUAAAUUGAAUUCCAGUGUCAGCGUUCUACCCUGCAGUGUCAGCUAUGAUGCCAUCACCGAUGCGUCCAACAUGCGAGAUGAUUACAGCGAUGAUGGCGAGGAAGCGUCCAGGUGGAACAGUUUUGUGGAAUCAAUUAAAUCGAAAUUGACCGUUAAGCAAGUUGUGGACGGUGUGCGAGCUGGCGGUUCCCUGUCCUUUGACUAUCUGCUGCUAAUUGUUACCGCCGACUCUCUGGCAGCCCUGGGUUUGGUCGAGAAUAAUGCACCGAAUAUUGUUGCGGCCAUGUUAGUUUCACCGCUUAUGGGUCCCGUUAUGUCGAUUACAUUUGGCGCAAUUAUCUCGGACAGAGAGCUAAUGCGCGUUGGCUUUUUGUGCCUCGGACUGGGCAUGUUGAUCUCCUGCAUAUUUGGCUUCUGCUUUGGUUUAAUUCUUGGCACCACAGAAAUGCCUUGGGGACAGAAUGCGGAUUGGCCAACUGAGGAGAUGCGUGGAAGGGGCAAUGUGCGUUCCUUGUGGAUGGGUGUGCUCUGGGCUCUAACAUCUGGCACUGGCGUUGCCGUGGCGUUGCUCCAGGGCUCGGCUGGUCCAUUGAUUGGCGUUGCCAUAUCAGCAUCUCUGCUGCCGCCAGUCGUUAACUGUGGUUUAUUUUGGUCACAGGCAUGCAUAUGGCUCAUCUAUCCGGAGAAGCGAAUACCGCAUUUGAAGAACGAGGCAAUGAACUCAACGAGCGCCUAUCCCUUCAUCUAUACGGACUAUUUGCCAACGGAAUUCCUGAUCAAUGGCAUUGUCUCUGGCUGUCUGACGAUUGUCAAUGUUAUUUGCAUAUUUAUAACUGCGAUUAUUGUCCUGAAAAUCAAGGAAGUCUCGGCACCUUACACGGCCAGUCCAGACUUAAAGCGGUUCUGGGAAACCGAUCUUCGGACUGUUCGGAAGACCAACCGUUCCACAAUCCGGCGACAGGGCACUUUCCGAGGAGUUGGAGGCGCUGACAAGCUUAUGAGUGGAGGAAACUAUCAGGGCCUCGACGAGACACGUAAUGCCAAAAUGGAUACAGCCUUGGAGAGGGCUUUGGCACAAGCCGAAAGCGACGUUACCUUCAAAAAGGUCAAGCGAAUGAGCUACUCAAGCAACGCAGCUGGUGAGCUAACAGAACGUCUUGCCAAGAUUGCCGGGCUCAACAAGCGUCAUGGGGAUGAUCCAUUGCACACAAAUUCGAGCAGUUUGGCGGGCAGUCGCAUGAACUCCAUACCGAACUCCCAACUGAAUGUGGAUUUAAAGGCAUUGGAUAAAAUCGUGAGCAGCCUGUUGGAACAACAUGCGGCAAGUGCCGGCGGCGGUAGCAGCAAAGCAGCCGCUAAUUUAGAGGCCGGAAGCCGCACGCCGCCCGUGCAACGCAAACCGUCAAAGAAACUCAAUCGCUGGCGUCCAUUGUCACGCUCCGUGCACAGCUUUAAUCGUGGCGAUGGGCGUGAUUAUGCGGGCGGUAACUUUACCCAGUUGCAAGAGCGCAGUGAGAUGCAGGCAGCACUGUCAGCAACUCAACACUCACCGAAUAUGCCGACAAUUAUGGAGAGCAUCGCUGGCAGCCCGACACCCAACAAUGCCCAGCAAUUGGCACACAAUCCAUGGACGGCCUCCCUGGAACGUACCCCGGGUGCGGUGAGGAAUAUGCUGCACAAUAUCGGUCAGGCUGCCACAGUGCCGCUGGCUAGCACAGGUACCGUGCAGGAGGAUCAGCUCAAUCUGACACAGAACUAUGUGGGCUAAUUGAGCACAAAACAAUAUAUUGCGUAUACGUAUUUGCUUAUGAGAAAUGUUAAUAAAAAGUUCAACAGUUUG